GUGCCUGAAUACCAAACAGCAGAAAAGCUGAAUUUAAGGGUGUAUAUAUAUUCAUUCUCGUGCGCUCUCCCCUCUAUCCUGUGCUAGUUUGCCAUUUACUUUUCGCUUAAGAUGAGCCUAAGAAAAGCCGAAUUCCACUCCGGCCUCCGGCCUCCUCUCGCUCCUCCGGGCGUCUUCUUCUUUCUACUUAUCCUUCUCUUCUUAUCAACGACGACCACCGAGGCCGGCUGUAGCUUUCCGGCCAUUUUCAACUUUGGGGACUCAAAUUCGGAGACCGGUGGUUUCUGGGCGGCAUUUCCGGCUCAGCGAGCUCCCUUCGGAAUGACAUACUUCAAGAAACCAGCAGGCCGUGCUUCAGAUGGAAGAGCAGUGAUUGAUUUCUUAGCUCAUGCUCUGGGCCUGCCGUUUCUGAGCCCUUAUCUGCAGUCCAUUGGAUCGAACUUCAGCCAUGGCGCUAAUUUUGCGACGGCGGCUUCGACGGUGCUGCUGCCCAAUACCAGCGUAUUUGUGACAGGGAUAAGUCCCUUCUCCUUGGCGAUUCAAUUCAAUCAAAUGAAUGAGCUCAGAGUGCGGGUCUUCGAAAUGAGCCCGCAAGACAACCUUCCUUCAACGGACAUCUUUGCUAAAGCUCUAUAUACUUUCGACAUCGGCCAAAAUGAUUUCACCUCCAAUCUGGCAACCAUAGGCAUCGAAGGAGACGAGCAAUUUCUUCCCCAAGUAGCCAGCCAAAUUGCUUGGACUAUCAAGGAGCUGUACAACAAUGGAGGAAGGACAUUUAUGGUAUUUAACCUGGCACCUAUAGGAUGCUUUCCAGCAUUCCUAACCAUUCUUCCUCAUAACGAGUCUGAUUUGGACGAGUAUGGAUGCAUGAUUUCAUACAAUAAUGCCGUUGUGGAUUAUAACAAAUUGUUGAAAGAAACUCUGCAGCAGACACGAUUAGAGCUCCAGAAUGCCUCUGUGAUAUACGUGGACACCCAUUCUGUUAAGCUCGAACUCUUUCAGCAUCCAAAAAAUCAUGGAUUUAUAUACGGGACCAAAGCAUGCUGUGGUUCUGGUGGUGGAACUUAUAAUUACAAUCCACAAGUGUUCUGUGGUAACACCAAGAUUAUCAAUGGCACCAUUGUGACAUCAAGUGCUUGCAGUAACCCACAAAAUUAUGUGAGUUGGGAUGGGAUUCAUGCCACAGAGGCCACCAAUAAAAUUAUAGCAAGGGCCAUUCUAAAUGGCUCAUACUUUGAUCCUCCCUUUCCUCUCUCGCACCUCUGCAAUCUUAAACCAAUAGGUUGAUAAAUAUAUAUUUGGUUUCGAGUCUCAUGAUAUAUGAUGGAUCUUGCAGAUUUGAAGUGUGUGAAAGAACGAUGAGCAAUUUGGCAUUUGAUCAAGUUAGCUUUGUUAAUAAAUAUGAACCUUUAUUUGAUAGAUAAGAAUGGAAUGAUGCUUCUUCAAA